UUUACCCCUCCCCGAUUCUAUCACUCCCGGUUCAAUUCCGUCCCCCGAAAUCCCUAGGCCCCCUCGGCCCCUACCUCCGCCCCAUCACCUUAGCGCCGCGAGCGCGCCAGGCGGACACGGCGAACAAGGCGGCGCCGCAGCGGGGUGCUCGCAGCCAGCGUGCGACCUUUCUGUAGCGAGUACAGGCGGCCGGUGUAUAAGCGGCGGCCAGAAGGCGGGAGCGAAGUCGCGGCUCCACAGCAUCUACCCUUGCAGCCAACGCGAUCUCGGCCGCGCGACCGACGAACACUUCCGCGGGAGGACUAGCUGCAGGAGCCCUUGUUGGUGCUGGUACCCUUGUAGCUGCUGGAGCCCUUGCUGGUGCCCUUGGAGCUGCUUGUGGCCUUGGAGCUGCUUGUGAACUUGUUGUUGGCUGAGAGCAUGGACCUGCUUGCUGAGGGGGAAUCAGGAUGACAACUGUUGGAGCAAGCACAGCCACCAACCAAGUUGAGCAAGCUGUCUGUGUGCACAGUAGCAGUGGGCGAGACACUCAACAAACCUGUGUCCUGUCCUGGGAGUCGCUGAAUGCUGAUAUGCUGGAGCUGAUCGCUGAACGGGUACUCUCUAGCGACCUGCUGCACUACGUCUGGUUCCGCGCGGUGUGCAAGAAGUGGCGUGCCGCUACUCCUUGCCCGCUCGGCCGUGGCGUGGUAGACCCGCGCUUUCAUCCACGGCAAUGGAUGAUGUUUCCAGAGGGCAAUGGGCUUCACCCCGGCCACACUGCAUUGGGCGGCUACAUCCGCUUCCUCAACAUCGACACCGGCAUCUUCGUCCAUGUGCAAGUGCCAUGCUUCGAGGACCACUCCGUGCUCGACUACCCUGACGGCCUCCUUCUCCUGCAGCGCAAGAAGGACGCUGCUAUCUGCCUCCUCUACCCCUUCACCGGUGAUGUUGCCGAGUUUCCUCCUCUUGCCUCCCUCUGCUUGUACAUGAGCAAGUUCGGGAGCUUUCUGCAUGGCCCUUAUGAUCUUCGACUACGGAUGGUCCAUGCGGCUGUCUACGUCAAUGUGGUUGGCAGUGUUACCAUCAUGCUCGCGCUCAGCCACGCCGAGCGCAUGGCAUACGCAUCCACCGGUGACAAGCACUGGACUCACACAAGCUGGACGAUGAGUGGCAUGAGGACAGCAUUGCCAUUCCGUGGCAGCCUCUACAUGGUGAGGAGCUCGAAAAACAAACCCUCACACAUCGUGCGUGUCGACCCACCAGAUAGCUCCAGUUCCUCAUCGUGGCCGUCUACACCGCCACAAAUGAUCGUGACAUGUUCAGCUAUGGCUAAGCCUUACCUGGUGGAGUGCAAUUCUGAACUUCUUCUGGUUGGCUACACCCAGAGAAAGUCCCGGCUUUUGGUUAUCCGUCUCUCUGACCUCCUGCUUGGAGUUGCUGCCAUGCCAUUGACAAGCAUUGGUGACCACACCCUCUUCAUUGGCACUUGGAGCAUGUCCGUCAACUCCAGGAACCUACCAUCCGUUCAGGGGAACUCCAUCACCUUCCUCAGCCCACCUAACAAUGGCCAACUGCGGCAAUAUGAUCUGGGCAGAGGUACCUGGUCGCCGCUGUGUGAUGGAAACUUCCUCAGUGCCAGCGGCCUCAUACCAAGGCCAUACAGUCUUGUCCACCACAUUGUCAGUUGUUGCCAGCCUCUUUACUGGAUCAGUGGACACAUCUGGACCCGCCACCAUCAUUCUGAUCCUUGUUGCCAGCGUCUUCUGGAGUGAUCAGUUGAUGGCUAUUCAUCUUUCCAAGAUCAAGUUAAGUUUGAAUGUCUCUGCUUUGCAGGUGAUCACACAACUUUAUGUGGUUUAGGAUGUACUCCCUCUGUAAAAUAGUACUCUAUUGUAUAAGGCUUUUUAGAUCACUAAAGUAGUGAUCUAAAAAGUCUUAUAUUAGUUUACAGAGGUAGUGUUUGGCUGUGUGUUUGCCUCUACACUGUGUGUGUGUGUUUGUGUCUACUUUUGUUCAGACAUUUGAGUCUAAUUCGGAUGAAUUUGGAAAUAUGCUGGGUUGUGCUUUUAUCAUGCUGGGAAACACUGAUUGACAUACA